UCCAAAAUGGGAGACCUGAUUGGCGCAAAAUUUGACAUUAUGUCGUGUUAGUAGCUAACCAUGUGUUUUACUUUUUUUCAAGGAAAUGUCGGUACGAUCUAAAGAACGUUAUGUAAUAUAGUUUACAUAAUACUUGAAAAUCAUACCGAUGCUUUAUGUAUAAAAUGUUCUAUUGGGGAAUUCGCAACAUAAUGUGAAACUAAUGGCGAACUAUACUAUUGGUUCUCCAACAAUGCAUGAAAGUAUAUUAUACAAAUAGUUUUUGGAAUAAUGUCUGCUGCGAGUGAUGGAGACGAUAAUGAAUCGAAUACGGUAUCUGAGACUGGCCCCUCUCUACAGGCAGGGAGUAUAACAGAUACGAUUCAAACGUCGCCAAGUGGGAGUAGGGUGUUCAUUCAUAAUGACCUAGCAUCACCAUCUACUUCAUUAAAUCAGCAGACUUUGGCUGGAUUCUUCACUGGCAGCCGUCGAGGAGCUGGAAGAAGUGAUGUCUCUCACCGUACUGCACCAGUACAUUUAGGACCAGCCCCACCUUUACCUGUGUUCAAUAUCUCAGAAAACCCAGGUCCUUCAAGUAUAGUGAAUUUGGAUAGAGGAGAUGGAGAGAUUUCUGAGAACAGAGGUGACAGGUCACCUGAAGUGAUUUCCAGUGAGGGGGAAGAUUCAAGGUCAUCAAACCAAGACGUGGAAAUUGUUUCUGACCCUGAAGAAGAAAACUCCAACCCACCAAUAGCUGCUCCUCUGGUAGUGGAAAAUGCAGAGGUUCCUGGGCAAGAAGCUAUACCUCAAUUACCUGUGACUGAUGUUCAGAAUACCGGUAGUGCUCAAGCAACCUCCCCGGGUCCGCAGCUUGAAACACCUGCAGCCUCCAAUGUACAGCUAAUUCAGGCUUCAACCAGUUCCCCUUCAGACUUCAGAACUCCAAAGCGUCGACGAGUGAUGUCUACUCCAGACAAGCCUAAAGGAGCGAGUGAUCAUCAAGAAAAUGAUGAUGAAGACGGAAAUAGCUGCCCAAUUUGUUUUGAGGAAUGGUCCACCUCUGGAUCUCACAGACUAGCUUCUUUAAGAUGUGGUCAUUUAUUUGGACAAAGUUGCAUUGAAAAAUGGUUGAAGGGUCAGGGUGGUAAAUGUCCCCAGUGUAACUGUAAAGCCAAGAGACAAGACAUCAGGGUUCUUUAUGCCAAAUCAUUGAAAGCUGUCGACACUACGGAGCGAGACAGGGCAUUACAAGAGUUGGAGAAAGAGAGAGAAGUUCGUAGAAAGGUGGAAAUGGAAGCUGCACAGUGUCGUCUACAGUACCAGCUAGCCAUAGAGGAGUGUAACAGACUGAAGACAGAGCUAGACAAAGUCAAACGCCAGCUACAAACUAGCAGAUCUGAUGCUAGCUCUGGUUCAGCGGCAUCCCAAUCGCAAGUCCGAGAUGUUAAUGGUCACUUUGUGUUGGACAAAACUAUCAAGAUCUGGGAGGCUGGAAACUGUAGGGUGAUGUCCUACUCCCCCUCCCUGGCCACUCUGGUUGUCUCCCAACCCUCAUCAAGUCCUCUGUUUCCAGGAUUUGGUUUCAAAAAGAUUAGUUGCAUGGAUUUCAAAACCUCUCAGUACUUAACUGUUCACAGUAAAGCUAUCCGCGACUGCUGCUUCCACCCGUUUGUGGAUGACGGAAUACUCCUGAGCUGUGGAUUGGAUAAAACAGCCAAGAUGACAAGUGUCAUCAGCAAUACUGUUGUACAGACAUAUAAUCUCUCCAAUCCUGUCUGGAGCUGCGUGUGGAACACAGAUGACAGGAAUUUUUUCUAUGCUGGACAAGCCAACGGGAAUGUAAUGGAGUUCGACAUUCGGAACACCUCUGAGCAUGUCCAGGAAUUGAAUACUGAGGGUAUACGGUCACCUGUGGUAUCAUUACAGUACAUUCCAAAAGACAUUCAAGCAGGCUUUAGGCCAGGGGGAUUAGUUGUGGGCCAGUUGAAUAAAAUCAGUUUCUAUGAGAAGAAACAAGAUAACCAGUACAGACUGCACAUGCUGCCACUAGAAGGUAACUUGACCAGUUUGUGCUUUGAGAGCCACACCAGACACCUGUUAGCUAGCUUCAGACCUACUUCUAAACAUCCCACCAGUAGACAUCAGCUGUGUGAGAUGACCUGUGUGAACCUGAGUGUUGACCCCGCUGUCAUUGACAACGGCUGUAGCUGUCACGUGGUCCACACGUUUCACGGCAGUCAGACACAGACAGUGCUGACCAGAGCUCUUCUGAUGACUCAUCCAGCAGAGGACAGUAGGAUGCUUGUGUGUGCCGGGGAGGAAACUUCAUCAGGGGUCCACAUCUGGGACACAUCGUCCAGUCAGCUAGUCCAGCGCCUGCCUGCAGGAGGGGUGGUGGUGGACACUUGUACCCUGAGGCUCAACCAACAAACCUACCUCGCUGCCCUCACCGAGAAAAACCUCAAAGUCUACCGCUGGUGCUGAGAAAUAUCUGGUACUUUAAUAUUGUGGCUACUGAAAAAACCUGAAAUUCCACCACUGGUGCCGAGUAAUAUCUACCACCUGUGAUUAUGGAGAAAAACCUCAGAAUCUACCGUUGAUGCUGAAGAAUAUCUGGUACUCCAAUCUUAUGAUUACCAGUUGUGUCAUGGAAUAUCUGGUACUCCAAUCUUAUGAUUACCAGUUGUGUCAUGGAAUAUCUGUUACUUCAAUCUUAUGAUUACCAGUUGUGUCAUGGAAUAUCUGGUACUUCAAUCUUGUGAUUACCAGUUGUGUUAAGGAAUAUCUGGUACUCCAAUCUUAUGAUUAAUGCUGGUGUUGAGGAAUAUCUGGUACACUUUUUGCUACUGAAAAAACCUCAAAUUCCACCACUGGUGCUAUGCUACUGUAACAUCUUUGCUGUGUUCAGACAGGGCUAGCCGGAUCUAGAGCUUCUUUCUUGCUGUUCGGGAGUACAUGUAUAAACUGUGAUAUUGACAGCGUAGUUUGACAUGAUAAUGGUCCCGUUGUGUUCAUAACAGUCAAGGUCUUUCAGGAAAACUGUUGUUGACAGUGCAAUGUGUUGCAAGGUGCGUGUGCAGUUGAUAUAUUUUAUUUUGAUAUUGAAAUUGACGAUGAACGCAUCUGUAUGUAUACUGGUAAAUGAAUAUGGUUUUGUACAUUAUGUGUUUGAAUUUUUUUUUAAAACAAAAUUUCAUGCUUAUAAAGAUAUGAGUGUACUUAUA